CCUUUGUUUUUGUUUUUAUGGUACAGUCAGUCGGCAAUAUGGCGCUGGCCAGGCUAGGUAAAUGUUGUCGGUCGUUGGUUCGUGAGUCCUCCAAAAGUGUUUUUUGCAGUGUUGUACGGCCAGGCUGGAACGAAGGCUGUGUCGGGGCUAAGAGGCACCUGUUGUCAGAAGAUGUUAUCAAGCUACAGAACUUCCAGCAGAGGAAGCUGGCUGUGGCUCACCUUCUCACCGGAUACAAAGGAAAUUAUAUUGAGCUCUUCAGCGAGAAGCUGCAAAAGAAUGAGCUGAUAUUGAGAGAUGAGCUAAAGCUUCUGCUUCACUUGUGCCAGUCUGCAGAUGAUAUGAUGAUAGUCAGAGAUGCCAUUUAUAGGUAUCAUGCAGAGAACGGGAACUUGGCACAUGGAGAGUUCAGAUUUGGUCCUCUCUUCAUGAGACUGUGCUAUGAGCUGGGUCUAGAGGACUUGGCUGCUGCCACUAUUACAGAUCAAAAUAUGAGAGGAUUUUUCAACGAUGCAACCUCCUUCAACAUCGCCAUUGACAUGUUAUUCACAAAAAGCUCUUAUGAAAGGUCCCUUGAGGUACUAAGAACCAUGAGGAGCCAAGGUGUACAAUUUAAUAAAGACACAAUGACGCUGGCGAUCGGCACAUGCUAUAAACUGAACACUACAGAGUCCUACAGGAUCUGCACCGCUCUGAUAGAGGACGGACAGUCAAAAGGGCACUUCAUCCCCAGACAUGCUUACUGCUUUGCUGUAGCAUUAGCACUUCGACAAAAUGACAUUGAAAAGGCACAGUCAUUGUUCUCACAAAUAAUGAGUAAUGACAGCAGAUUAUGCCAAAAUUUGAAGGUUUUAAUGCUAGCGAUGUCAGGAGCACUCACGGAUGCCAUUUCCGUCCUGUCUGCAACCAUGUUGCCUAAAAGCCCUUCUUUUGUAAAGAAGCCUGAAUUUUCUCAAGAGGUGGUGGAGCUGCUGCGCUUGCAGAGUGAAGGUGGACCGCACAUGAUGAAAAUAGAGCAGGUAGUGACUUUGCUCGAGCAAUCCAAUCAGGUUACUAUGCUGACUCUCGAGGACAUGCUAUGCCGCACACCCACAGGGAAGAGGAAGCCAGUAAUGGAGGAGAGGAGGACCAGCCGAAGGACCCUCAAGCCAAUACAGUCCACUCUGCUGUUAGAGUGAGAGAAGCUGAUUGCCAUCCCCUCAGUGAAAGGGUCUGACAUUAAGGCUGAACAGAACCAGGCAAACACACUCACUCUGCCUAGAGUUGACUCUGUCAUGAUUGCUUAAUCUACCUCUCCUAAAACACAGACAGUCACCUCUGUACAAAUUUGUCCCUUUUUGGUCUUCCUUAUCAAAGGUCACCAUUCACGUUUUUGAGAAGAGAAACCUGCUGAGAGAAGAAAAAACUGUUAUGUCCCGAUUGAUUUGGGAAGAAUCUGUUGUAUAUAAGUGUGAAUGACUGAUUAAAGGUGAAUCUGAUACUUAAUUAUGAAAAUAA